AUGGUCGAAUCAUUCCAUGUGACAGAUGACGACCGCCAAAUCGCCCUGUACGCCGGCAUGAUCACCUCCUCAUUCACCUUUGCUGAGUUUUCUGCGGGCAUGUUCUGGGGCCGCAUGAGUGAUCGGAUUGGUCGCAAGCCCGUCCUCAUUAUGGGCCUCGUGGGCACCACCAUCAGUAUGGUGGUAUUUGGAUUUGCGCCCAACCUAGCCACGGCGAUGGUUGCGCGCGCGCUGGGCGGCAUGUUGAACGGGAACAUCGGUGUUCUUCAGACGACGGUUGCGGAGAUCGUGACGAAAAAAGAGCAUCAGCCGCGAGCUUAUUCGAUAAUGCCUUUCGUGUGGUGUCUGGGAUCGAUCAUUGGACCGGCUAUGGGCGGCGCUUUGGCCCAGCCUUGCGACAACUACCCAGCCCUCUUUGCGCGCCGCACACUGUGGGAUAAAUUCCCGUUCCUGCUGCCCAACCUUGUUUGCAUCACCGUGCUGGUUUGCGGUAUCGUAGUCGGUUUUCUGUUUUUGGAGGAGACGCACCCGGAGAAGAAGCACCGUCGUGACCCCGGUCUCGAACUCGGCCACUGGUUGGUCAACCUGUCCUGGGGCUCGCGCGUGCAACUUCCCGAUGAUUCCGAAGUGGACGUCAAGGAAAAGUACCUUGAUGCACCGCCUGGAUACGAAACUGCCGAAUCAUCGCCUUGCCUGCGACCCGUUGAGGAUGGCGCUUCGGCUGAUUGUGACCUGGAGGGGCAAAAGAGCCCCGCGCCCAAGGCCUUUACCCGACAAGUCAUCCUCACUAUCGUUGCUUACGGCAUUCUUGCAUACCACAGUGUCUCCUUUGAUCAGCUGAUGCCGGUACUACUGAGCACACCGAGAUCCGAUGAUGACGUAGUGUUACCCCUCAAGUUUACCGGAGGCCUGGGAAUGGCCACGAAGACCAUCGGGUUUAUGCUCGCCGUGCAAGGCGUUUACUCGAUGAUCGCCCAACUGUGGCUGUUCCCAUUUGUGGUUAAGCGUUUUGGUACUUUGCGUACUUUCCGCUUCGUUUUGCUUGUAUGGCCCCCUCUCUACUUGGCCGUACCCUACCUUGUCCUUCUUCCGUCCAAGCUCCAAAUGCUUGCUGUCUAUGUGUCCUUGAUCAGCAAGAUCACAUUCCAUGUCAUCGCUUUCCCAGCCACCGCCAUCCUUUUGGCCAAUGCCGCCCCGUCUUCUAAAGUACUGGGCUCUAUCAACGGCGUUGCCGCUUCAACCGCCAGUCUCAGCCGGGCCUUUGGACCGACCAUAACCGGUCUUCUCCACUCCAAGGGCCUCAAUAGUGGAUACUCCGUGCUGGCUUGGUGGGCCUGUGGUCUUGUCUGCCUAAUCGGUGCCAUCCAAAGUUUCUGGAUGGAGGAAUCCCCGGAGCCUGAACGUUUCAAGACCUGUCAGCCUGAGGUCAGCGAGUCCGAGUUGAAGCGUGAAGCCCUCUCGGACUUUGACAACCAGGAUGAGGAAUCUUACGAGUUGCCGGAGGAAGAGCAACGUUUGCUUUCCUUGCGCUCUAGUGUCGACCAUGACUUCGACAUCUCGCAACUCAACUUGAAUGCCAUCGAUAAUAUCCCCCAUCCCCAGGGCGAUGUCACCAACGAUACCAAUGUCUAA